CACCGGUGUUUUUAUUUUAACAAGAGAUAAAAAGAAAAAGAAAUUGUGUACGCGCGGUUUUUUAUUUUCAAAUCGAAAGACGACGAUACGAGAGUUUCUUUAUCAGUGUGAGAGGAAUUUUUUUUUGUAGUGUUUUAAGAUUUGGUGGAUACGUUGUAUUUACGUAAAGGAAGAAAACAAAAGGAUAUAUUACUUUGAUAAGAGUAAAACCUAAGGUGGUGUGUUUAAAUUAUCAGUGACUUCUCGGUGUAAUUUUCUUCAUUUUCUUUUUGGAUAUUUUUAUCAUUAUGAAGAAGAUGAUUUUAAAAAAACAAUAGUAUAAGCCUAAGGAAAAGGAAGAUUCAUCUUUUGGUCCUGGCACGUGGUGGUAGUGGUGGAGUAACAAUAAAACGUAUAAAAGUAGUUUUACGCGGGACGAGAAAGUUCUCUCGUUGAUAGAGGAUAGGCAGUGUGGAAGCGAUUGAAAAAGUGGUUUGAGAAAAAGAAAGAGAGAGAGUGAUAGGAAGUGAAAGAGAGAAGAGGGUGAGUUGGUUGGAAGGAUCGUAGAGGUAGGCAGGCAGGCAGGCAGGCAGGCAGGCAGGCAGGCAGGCAGGCAGGCAGGCAGGCAGGCAAAGAAGCAAGCAAGCGUGCAGGCGAGUAAGCUAGCAGAGAGGAGUGGUGAAAAUCUCGACGCGAGUUCUACGGGGCGGGUGAGAAGGGCCAGGUCGUGGAGUGGGGAGUGAUGCCGGUGAGGGUGGCGCAGCGCCCCCCAGGUGGAAUACCACUCCACGCCGGCGUGCCGGUAGCGGCCAACAGCGUAACCGCCUCCGGUCCGUCGGGCCGGUGCCUCGGGGGCCCGGCUGCGUCCCCCGCCGGCUCGCCACCGCUGCCGCCGUCACUGCAAUCUCUCGGCGGCGGCAUAAGCGGCACCAACAACAACAACAACAACAACAUUAAUAACAAUAAUAUCAACGGAAACAAUCAAUUGAUCAACAGCAACGGCGGGAACGGUAGCAUCCUCGGUGGCAACUCCUUAAACGGCCUCGGCAACUUGAACAACGGCAACGGAAACGGUCUAAGCAACAGUAGCAUCAACAACACGACGGCGUCUAGCAUCGUCGUCGCGACGAAUCCGCUCCAGGCAAUGGCAUCGGCCGCGGCCUCGCUCACGCAGUUGAACAACAUGGCGAACGGGCCGCUGCCGCCACUAGCAGGAACCGGGCCCCCGAAUUUACCGGCUCCACAACCGGCGACAACGCCGACGCAUGCCGGUGGCCCUCCAACGCCGCACGCCGGUGUCGGUACGGGGCCUCAUCUGAACGGGGCCUCGCCGAGUCCCCAUCCUAUGCCACCCCACGGUAUGAUGAGCGGAUCCCCGCACGCGCCUCAUCCACAUAUGCCAGGCGGCGGACCCUCGCCUCAUCCCCAUCAUCCGGCCCCUCAUAUGGUUGGCUCGCCUCAUCAUCCAGGCCCACAUCCGAUGCCUCCGAAUGCGGCUGGCAUGAUGGCCCCAGCUGGUAUGCAACCUCAAAAUGCUCCUGGAAUGUGCGGCCCUGGGCCGAGCGGUCCAAUGGGACCUCAUGGACAUCCUCAAGCACCUGGACAACCACACAUGCACAACGAUCCAUUUUAUUGUUCACCUUUUGGAUCUCAUUAUUUCAGAUCGUUACCUGUCCCCAGGAGGCAUACACCGUACUUCGGACAACCGGACUACAGGCUCUACGAACUGAACAAGAGGUUACAGCAACGCAAUGACGAUAGCGACAAUCUUUGGUGGGACUCGUUCGCGACAGAAUUCUUCGAGGACGAUGCCACGUUAACACUUACCUUCUGUCUUGAAGAUGGUCCGAAAAGAUACACGAUAGGAAGGACGCUAAUACCUAGGUACUUCCGUUCGAUAUUUGAGGGUGGAGUAACGGAACUUUACUAUAACAUGAAGCACCCGAAGGAGUCGUUUCACAACACCAGUAUAACACUAGACUGUGAAAACUGCGUCAUGGUCACGCAUCACGGCAAGCCAAUGUUUACGAAGGUGUGUACAGAGGGUAGGUUAAUAUUGGAGUUCACCUUUGACGACCUCAUGAGGAUAAAGUCGUGGCACAUGUCAGUGAGAGUGCAUCGAGAGCUGGUACCAAGGUCGGUUGUAGGCAUGCAGCAAGAUCCUUCGGUACUCGAACAGCUCAGUAAGAACAUCACCAGACAGGGUAUCACUAAUUCUACUCUGAAUUAUCUAAGGUUAUGCGUGAUUUUGGAGCCGAUGCAAGAACUAAUGUCGAGGCACAAGGCUUACGCGUUAUCACCAAGAGAUUGCUUAAAGACGACCUUGUUCCAGAAAUGGCAGAGGAUGGUUGCCCCGCCGGGUAAGAGAGAAUCCCAAAGGCCGGCAAGUAAAAGAAGAAAGCGAAAGGGCAGCACUUCCGGUCCGGGAAACAACGCUCCUCCUGCGCCAAGUAAAAAAAGGUCACCGGGGCCAAAUUUUUCUUUAGCGUCGCAGGACGUGAUGGUCGUAGGUGAGCCAUCUCUGAUGGGUGGUGAAUUUGGUGACGAGGAUGAACGUUUGAUAACGAGGCUGGAAAAUACGCAAUACGAUGCGGCGAAUAGUCUAGACCCACACAGUCACGACGCCACGGGUGGUCCGCCUCCGCACCCUCAUCAAUUUCAUUCGGAGCCAACACCGGGUAACUCUUGGCCACCAGACCGUGGCCCUGGUCCCGGACCUCCGCAAGGUGGACCUGGUAGUCAGAGAUGCUAAAGAGCACAGCUGCCCGCGCUCCUAUAGGUGAGAGGCGGUAGAAGAACACAUCAGAAAACCCGUGAGGUUUGUAGAGGAACGGAAGUUAUAACGGAGCAUCUGGUGUGCGACGUGUUACAGGGCAUCCAGGGUACGCAGGGAGGCGGAUCUUCGGGUGUCGCGGGUUCGCAGGAUGGCAGUCAGCAGCAGCAAGACAAGAAGAGCCCC